GCCGGCCCGGAGAGUUGUCGGCUGGGAAAUGGCGGCCGCGGGCUUGGUGGCUGUGGCAGCGGCUGCGGAAUACUCUGGCCCAGUGGCGUCCGGGGGAAACCUCUCCGGUGCUAACUGUGGGCCGAGCCCUGGGGUAGGCACUUGUCACGAAAUCGCCUCUCAGAAAUUCCUAUGGAAGCGUGUCACUUUGUUUCUCUGGAAAGUCUUAACCUGUACCAGAAUUGUAUUCGAUAUAUCCCAGAGGCCAUUCUAAACUUACAAGCUCUGACGUUCUUAAAUAUUAGUCGGAACCAACUGUCAACAUUGCCAGUACACUUGUGUAAUUUACCAUUGAAAGUCUUAAUUGCUAGUAAUAACAAAUUGGUCUCACUUCCUGAAGAAAUUGGACAUCUCAGACAUUUGACGGAACUUGAUGUUAGCUGCAAUGAAAUUCAAACUGUACCUUCCCAGAUUGGUAAUCUGGAAGCCUUGAGAGACUUUAAUGUAAGAAGAAAUCAUCUAGUACGUUUGCCUGAAGAGCUGGCAGAGGUGCCUUUGAUACGACUAGACUUCUCAUGCAAUAAAAUCACAGCCAUCCCCGUGUGUUACCGCAACCUCAGGCACCUCCAGGUGAUCACCCUGGAAAACAACCCACUGCAGUCACCUCCUGCACAGAUAUGUAUAAAAGGCAAAAUCCACAUAUUUAAAUACCUGAACAUACAGGCUUGUAAGAUUGCUCCAGAUCUGCCGGAUUAUGAAAGGAGACCAUUGGGAUUUGGUUCGUGCCAUGAAGAACUGUACUCAGGUCGUCCUUAUGGAGCCCUUGAUUCAGGCUUCAAUAGCGUGGAUAGUGGAGAUAAGAGAUGGUCAGGAAAUGAGCCUACAGAUGAAUUUUCAGAUCUGCCUCUUCGAGUGGCGGAGAUUACUAAAGAGCAAAGACUUCGGAGAGAGAGCCAGUACCAGGAGAAUCGAAACAGUGUGGUAGUCACAAAUGGCGGAGUGGAGCAUGAUCUAGAUCAGAUUGACUAUAUUGACAGCUGCACUACAGAAGAAGAAGAAAACGAUGUCAAACAGCCCAAAGGCUUGGAUAGCAGCAGUCUCAGCUCACAGUUCAUGGCAUACAUUGAACAACGUCGAAUCUCCCAUGAGGGUACACCAGUAAAGCCAAUACCUAUUAGAGAGUUUCAAAAAACAGAAGACAUGAAAAGAUACUCACAUCAAAACAGGGCUCCACUUGAGCCAUCAUCUGUGUUAUCACUGCCACCAAGUCACAAUCAGCUUUCGAAUUCAGACUUGGAGCUUAAUCAGAGGAGAGGACAGUUGAUCGAAUGCACUCGGAGAGAGGCACAGCUUGCAGCCCUGCAGUACGAGGAGGAGAAAAUACGGACCAAGCAGAUUCAGAGAGGUGCUGUUCUGGACUUUGUCAAACAAAAAGCGUCACAAAGUCCACAGAAACAGCAACCCCCUGGAGAUGGUGAGUGUCCCUUCCCAUCCAGAAGGUCUCAGCACACUGAUGAUAGUGCCUUGUUAGUGUCGCUGUCAGGUAUGGAUGGAGUAAGCUGCGUGGAUACCCUGCCUCAUUCUUCUGCCUUCACACCUCUCAAGAGUGAUGACAGAGUUAAUGUCACCUCAAGCUUUCCUACGACAGAGACAGUCCAUCAUUCCCCUGCAUAUUCUUUUCCUGCUGCCACCCAGAGAAAUGAGCCCCAGCGCCCUGACAGCUUCCUUUUCCGAGCUGCUGUUAGGGCAGAGACUACUAAAGCUUGUGCCUCACCCCUGCUGUCUUCUGCACCUGCAACUGGACCUGCAGAUCCUGUAACAAGACAGAGAGAAGAGGAGCUGAAAUUAAUAGAUCAACUACGCAAACAUAUUGAGUACCGGUUAAAAGUAUCUCUGCCCUGUGAUCUUGGAGCAGCUCUAACUGAUGGUGUUGUACUUUGCCACUUGGCCAAUCAUGUUCGGCCUCGAUCUGUCCCAAGCAUUCAUGUCCCAUCUCCAGCCGUGCCUAAAUUAACAAUGGCAAAAUGCAGGCGAAAUGUGGAGAACUUCCUGGAUGCUUGCAGAAAAAUUGGUGUACCUCAGGACAAUCUGUGUUCCCCUUCAGACAUCCUUCAGCUAAACCUCAGCGUUAAAAGAACUGUCGAAACACUGCUUUCUCUGGGGGCACAUGCGGAAGAACCCAGCUUUGUCUCUUUCUCUGUCCAGCUUGUGGGUUUUGUGGCAUUUUACUGUGCUUUCAUGUUAACUCUCUGUGUGCUUUAUUACCGGCUCUUCCCUCUUAGCUGACCGUGCACCCUGUGCCUUCCACCUCCUUCCUGUGCUUGGUGAAGGUUUGUUUCUCAUAUACAAUUACUGACAGAGUGCUAACUUGAGUAGGUGCAUCGUUUCUUGUAUGUCCAGACAGCAGCGCAUUGCACAGCAGGUGCUAACAAAGGCUAACAGAGAGAUCAGCUUUCUGUCUCCUGGUCAUUUGCUUGCCCCCUGCCCUGUGUGGCCUUGUUUCUCAUAUUGGGGGUGGGGGAUGGUUGAGGUGUUUUUAUUAAUGCAGUCCUGAGCCAUAGAGAACUCUGCCCGUCUUUUUAUACUGUGCUACAACUUCACUUUUGAAGUAAAGAAUGUCUGAGCCCUUUCAGCAGCUGCUCACCAUAAAAUUAUUGGUACCCUUUCUAAUUUGGAGUAAGUACCUUGUUGCUUAGUCCUCUACCCUCAAGUCCUAAGGAGCCCUUAAUAUUAGACAUUUAAACUUUAGUUUGUCUGAAUUUUUAGUUUAAAGGUACUGGAGGUUCCCCAGAUUGCUGUUCUGAGCCAAUUUAAGACAGUGGUCAAUGAGCAGAUGACCAGAGUCUACAUCGGAGAUCUGGUCAUGCUUACGACGUGUGCUGCCUGUGACAGAUCCACUGCUGGAAUCCUGUUAAAAUGUGACAUUUGAAAUUCAUAUCAUGUCUACCAUGUUUGAACCAUUCUUAUAGGUGACUUUGUAUUUUGUAGACUGUUGGGGAGAUUGUAUCGGAACUGCAGGUCCAGUGAAGCUGCAGUCUGUAUCAGAUUGCUUAGUAGAUCAGUUUCUGGACCUGGGGCCGAGAACAGCAUUGCUGCAUUCAGAUUGUAGCUCUCACAAAUGGUGUCUCCAAACUCUAGGAACAAAACUGGACAGCAGCUCAGGAGCAUAAUACCCUGCGGUAGUCAACCUGGGCACAUGCUUACCUCAUGUAAAGUGGGCUGUUCUUUACUGUCCCCUACUAAUGUUAAUGCAGUGACAGACUCAGUGCUAUGCAACAGUGCCUUCCAAGGUGUGAUGGUGUGGAUUUGUCUUACUUUUAUUGUCUGAGUUCUGUAGCAUUUUGUCCUUUUACACACACACACACACACACACAAACACACACCACAACACACGUGUGCACACGUGGUCAGGCUUAAAGCCAGGUGUGGUUAUACACACCUGUAAUCCCAGCAUUUAGGAGACUAGGCUACAAAGCAAGACAUUAUCUUUAAAAUGAAAACAAAACCACCAAAGAAGCUGCUGUGUGGUCUAAACCAGCAAUGGUGGGUUCCUAGGAGACAUCCACAAAGUUGAUGUACAUGUGGUGUCUAGACCACUAUGCACCUAGCCACUUGCCCUUGGCUUGGGCCUGGGUACUGCUGAGCAGGCAACAGGAAACUGGCCCUGGAGAAAAUGCCCCACCCAGAGCAGAGCACACACAGAUUUCAUCUUUUUGUUGUUGUUGGUUUUUGUUUGUU